CCAUAGAAUAUUCUAACAUGAAAAAUAAAAGAAGUUACAGUAACUCACAAUAGCUACUUAUUUCUUUUUUAACAGUAGAAUCUAUUUCUGUCUGAUUUUCUGUAGGCUGAAAAUAUACGCUAUUUUUGUGGCCAACAAAGAUAAUUAUGUCCAGUUUGUGUCUGUUCUUGUUUUUGCUGGGAAUUCAUUUGGGAAGGUCUGACCACACAGCCAAAAAUACAGAUGAGCUAUACAGCCAAGUACCCGGAAAAAGUCAGUGGCUUGGUUCCUUGCUGUGUCCUGAAAAGGUGCCUACUACACGGAGGGCAGAACAGAUGCCUGUACUUUCUCUAUUAUGCCGCAGAAAGAAAUCACUUUCUACUGGACAUCCCUGGUCUACAGAUUCCCUACUGCCUAGCCGAUCUAUUUCUGCACCUGAAGGGGAAUUUUUGGUUCAAAGAGAAAAAGAUCUCUCUACCUACAACUGGAACUCUUUUGGCCUCAGAUACGGCAAGAGAGGAUCUGGGUCUGAAAAUUCAAAGACAAAGGUCUGGUAGUUCCAAGCAAAAAAGCAAAAGAUCUGUGAUCAAAUCUGUGCAAAUUGAGAUACCUUGUACUGACUAACAUUGGUUUCUUAGAACUCAUAAAGGAGAUGAACAAAGAUUCAUUUUAUUGGAAAUACCAUUGUGGAUUGUAUACACUCACGAAUAAAGCUCAGUCUUUGCACU